GUUACGUAACGCAUUAUUAAUGAGCCAAGCGUCAGCGGAACAGGGUGGAUCUGGAUAGACACACGUACGUAUACGCCUACCAUCUGGUUAGAAAGAUAACUGAGUACAUUUAGCAGUUUCUGAAGUUGAUUUCAAGUGAAUAACGUCUUAUUCAAAGAAAAUUUGAUAUUGCAAGUAUGGCACAGUCUAGUCAGGACAGCGGCAUUGAAGCCGAUCAUGCAGUAGUCUUGUCAUCAAUGGAUGAUCGACUGCAUUCAUUUCAACACUUCCCUCGUCCUCAAGCAGUAUCAGUGAAGCGACUGGCCAUGGCAGGGUUUUAUUACACGGGACAGGCGGAUAAGGUGUGCUGUUAUAGUUGCAAUGCAGCACUGGACAACUGGAAUGAAGGUGACGUCCCGUUGAAAAGGCAUCAGCAAGCGUCUCCUUCCUGCAUGUUUCUCAAUUGUGCUCGUGGCAUGCGUCCCAUAAACAACUCGUCCAUCCUAAGCAGCGGCUCUGAUUAUGACGAAGAUGCCGAAGCCAUGGAGUUACAGCUCCGCACGGGAGAAGUUAUGGAUGAGACCGUGUAUCCCAAGGUGCCACACAUGAAGAGCGAGGAAGCUCGAUUGAGAACUUUCAGCAACUGGCCAGUGAAUUCGCCGGUGCAGCCCAGCGACCUGGCGCAGGCGGGCAUGUUUUCUCUUGGGAGGGAAGAUAGCGUGCAGUGUUUCUGUUGCGGAGGAAUGCUGGCUCAAUGGGACCAGGGAGAUAAUCCCUGGAAUGAACAUGAAAAAUACUACCCAAACUGCUUCUUCAUCUUGGGCCACGAUGUGGGCAAUGUGCCGCUGGCAGCACCAAGACGUGUGGUGAAUGGUCGGGAAGCGCCUCUGGAGACUUUUGAAGGGCGGUUGGAUACCUUCAGAGACAAACAGCAUCCAAUAGACCAUGAGAGAUUGGCCAGAGCUGGCUUUUACAGCACAGGGGACCGAGACAAAGUGAUUUGUUUUAAAUGUGGAGGAGGGGUGAAAGACUGGCUGCCCGAAGAGGAUCCAUGGGAAGAGCACGCCAGGCACUAUCCAGGCUGCAGUUUUCUUCUGGCAGAAAAAGGAAGUGAAUAUGUCAAUGAAGUGCAACUCAGAUAUCCUAGGGGACAGCAUUCGAGGCCCAAUCAGAAUGGCUUAUCAAGUCAUGAGGAAGCAAAGGACCCAAUGACAAAACUUGAGCAACUCCAGAGAGAGAAGCUUUGUAAAGUCUGCAUGGACAGUGACAUUAGCAUCGUCUUCAUUCCCUGCGCACACCUGGUCACUUGCGAAAAAUGCUCAGAGUCUCUGAAUAAGUGUCCCAUCUGCUGUGCCACCAUUGCACAGAAGAUAAAGACCUAUAUUGCCUGAUCUCAAAGAGACCCCAACUACGAAUUAAACCCUAAUGUUCUCUGAA